UUGUUGAUCGAAUGUCAAAGUGACGCGUCUUAUGGCAUCGACUUCUUCACAUUCUCAAGAGGCUCAGAAGGAAGUGAAGAAGCAGGCAAAGGGGGCAGAUACGAAAACUGCGGAGGGUGAAACCACCAAGAAGCCGGGCCAUGUCGAGCAGGACCCUGAUGGAGAGGACCCGGAGGUUCUUGCCAUUGCCAAGGAAGAUGCAGAGCGUGCAGCUGCAAUGGCAGAUGCUGUCGACAAAGUAGAGAAGUUCCAACUGGACGAAGACUUUGACUAUGACAAUUGUCCUUUGUCUCCACCGGAGUGGCCCUAUGACCAGCGGCCUCGACCAAGCGCAGUGCCAACAAAGUCUCAAGAAGACAGCCCGAGCCAACCUGGUCCUGACAUCCUUUUUAACUUGCUCAAAGACAUGUCUCGUUCCUUUGUCCUGGUUUGCUGAUAAUUUUGGCUUGACGUACUCGUGGACAGUUUACUGCACUUGUGAUGCGUAGGAUCGGACAAGUUCAGGAAGCAAAGGACGUUGAUCAAGUCCCUGCAUGGUCCAGGCAACCCAAGCAACAUGCUUUGACCACCAGUCCUUUCCUCGUACUGAAAAAUACAUCAGAUGUUAGAUCACAGGCUUGUGUCACAGAACUCAAAUCCAAGUUUCGUGAAGCCCGCUGAAUUGACAGUUGAUUUCCAUCAAAUAAAAAGAGACAAGAGGAAACAUGAAGCGAAACGGCAAAACCCGCACACACACACACAAUGGGCACAUCAACCAUAGCUCAGAGCAAUCGUUAAACUCCUGUGAAUCGUCCCUCGGAGAACCUGUUUGAGCACCUCUUCGCUGUAGCUAUUUCUCCUUCGAUUUACAUCAAGAUGGUGGAGUUCCUUUUUUGUUUUGACAUCACUGUCAGUUCUGCUUCCUAGCUUGUCUUCAACUCCAAAGAUACGAUUGAG